AGUGAGUGUGCCCUGCGCGCCCGCUGUGGGAGCCGCAGCCCCGGAACUGUGCUCGUUCCCGGGACCCACUUUCUCCGGUGCAGUGCUUGGCGCGCGCCGACUUUUCAGAAGUGAGGAAAGUUGUGUGAAUCCGGAGUCUUCGUGCAGCGACAGGGGGCGGAGGACCCCUCCCCUGGGGCUCCCAAGUCCUAGAGGACCCUGUCUCCGGCACUGAUCAUAUGUUUCACUGGGCAUCUGUCACCGUUGUCCCCCUAGACCGGACCCGCUACAGUGCAAACACCCAGGAAGGUUUUAUGGAAACUGAGAGAUAAGUGCUUUAAGGGGACCACAGAUCAUUAAUACCCCGUGCGUGAUGACAGCUCACUUUCCCUAACGCGAUGGCAGGGACCAAAAGGAGGAAUAAACUUCGGUCUGGGGCUCCAAAAUAAACAAGAAGCAGGCGACAGACGUGAGGGACGCCGAGCAGGAGAUGGAGCUCUGCGAAGGUGUGGACCUGCCCCGCGGUCAGGCUCGCGACUCCGGGGAAAACGAGCCCAAAGAACUUGAAGGACCCCUGCCCCGCGGGCAGGAGUCCCUCGGAGCCAAACCCGAUGCGGUGUGGAGCCAAAACUACCAACUGCCCAGGAAAUACGGGGAGAACAGCAACAGUAAACACCGGGAUCGGAUCAGAGUUUCUGAAGAAGUUAUGAUGGUAGUCCAGGAGAUGAAAAAGUACUUCCCAUCGGAGAGGCAUAGUAAACCCAGCACACUAGAUGCCCUCAACUAUGCCCUUCGCUGUGUACACAGUGUGCAAGCAAACAGUGAGUUUUUCCAGAUUCUCAGUCAGAAUGGAGCACCUCAGGCAGACGUGACCAUGUACAGUCUUGAGAAGCUGACCACUAUCGCCUCAGAACACACUUCCAAAAACACAGACACCUUUGCGGCAGUUUUUUCAUUUCUGUCUGGAAGGUUAGUGCACAUUUCUGAACAGGCUACUUCAAUCCUGAAUUGUAGAAAAGAUUUCUUGGAGUCUUCCCAUUUUGUUGAACUGCUUGCCCCUCAAGAUGUGAGGGUAUUCUACGCGCACACUGCCCACGCCCAGCUUCCCUCCUGGAACAACUGGACCCAAAGAGCAGCCUCACGGUACGAAUUUGCUCCUGUGAAAUCCUUUUUCUGCAGAAUCCGUGGCGGUGAAGGCGGAGAGCAAGAGAACUAUUGCCCGUUCCGGAUUAUCCCCUAUUUGAUUCACGUGCAUAGUCCCACCCAGCCAGGGGCUGAGCCUUGCUAUCUCAUGCUGGUUGAGAAGAUUCACUCUGGUUAUGAAGCUCCUCGAAUCCCAGUGGAUAAAAGAAUUUUUACCACAACACAUACCCCAGGGUGUGUUUUUCUUGAAGUAGAUGAAAGAGCGGUGCCUUUGCUGGGUUACCUACCUCAGGAUAUGAUUGGAACAUCGAUGUUAAUGUAUUUGCACCCAGAAGAUCGUUCCCUGAUGGUUGCCAUACACCAAAAAGUCUUGAAGUAUGCAGGACAGCCUCCCUUUGAACAUUCACCCAUUAGAUUUUGUACUCAAAAUGGAGAUUACAUCAUACUGGAUUCCAGUUGGUCUAGCUUUGUGAACCCAUGGAGCCGGAAGGUUUCUUUCAUCAUUGGUCGGCAUAAAGUUAGAACGAGUCCACUAAAUGAGGAUGUUUUUGCUACCAGAAUAAAAAGGGCGAACAGUAAUGACAAAGACAUCACAGAAUUGCAAGAACAAAUUCACAAACUUCUCUUGCAGCCGGUUCACGUGGGUGAUUCCAGUGGCUACGGAAGCCUCGGAAGCAGUGGCUCCCAGGAACAUUAUAUCAGCAUCGCAUCUUCUAGUGAGUCCAGUGGGCACUGCGUGGAGGAAAUACAAAAGGAGCCGAUGACCUUGCAGCAGGUCUAUGUCAGUGUAAACAAGAUUAAGAAUCGGGGUCAGCAGCUCUACAUUGAGUCAAUGACAAAAUCACCAGACAAGCCAGCGAUGGGGACGUGCACAGAACCGUUGGGUGAUGAACAGAAGGCCUUUUCUUCCUUCCAGACAUUGAAAAAUGAUAGCAUGCACACUGAGUCUUGUAAGGAUUUGAGAAGAGAUCAGCACAGCCCAUCCUACCAGCAAAUCAACUGUAUUGAUAGUGUUAUCAGAUAUCUGAAGAGCUACAACAUUCCAGCUUUGAAAAGAAAGUGCAUAUCCUGUACCGAUACAAAUUCUUCGUCAUCAGAAGACGACAAACAAAUCCACAAGGCAGAUGCUGUUACUCAGAUCCCAGUCAUAGCUAAAUCAGAAAUGACGACAGCCGGACAGUCCACGGACGCUGAGGAAGGGGUUCCACGGACCCUCUCCACAAAGGCCCUGAGCUUGGUGUCGGGCGUGAGCCAGUGCAGUUACAGCAGCACCAUCGUUCCCGUCCCACCGCCUGACCCAGCAGAAUUGACUGCAGCAGAGGAAGCCACUCUGGCAUUUGAGCCCUGGACCCUGAACCCACAGACAACUUUUCUGACCUCAGAAGAAUUUAAACACGUGGGGCUCACAAAGGCUGUCUUAUCAGCCCACACGCAAAAGGAAGAGCAGGAUUAUGUUGAUAAAUUCCGUGAAAAGAUCCUGUCCUCACCCUGCAGCUCCUAUCUGCAGCAAGAAAGCAGAAGCAAAGUGAAAUACUCAUACGUUCAAGGAGAUUCUACUUCCAAGCAGACCAGAUCAGCUGGGUGCAAGAAGGGGAAGCACAAACGGAAGAAGCUACCCGUGCCCUCGGACAGCAACCGCUCUGCUGACCACGUCUGCCCUCACUUCAGAGACGGAGUGCAGGACACACAGCCCUGGUGCCCUCCCAGGGCCUCUGCACCACAUGCCCCUGUCCUCUCGUUCCCGUCCACAUUGGUGAUGCCCAGCCAGGCCCCUUCCCUCAUGCCAGCGUGUCCCCUCCCAGCCCUGGCCUCUCUAGGGGGAGCAUGUUCGGCUUCUGGAACUGCACUGCCGUGUCUGCCCAGGCCUCUUCCACCCGGCAGCCUGACGUCUGUCCCAGCCUUACCUGCUCCUUAUUUGGACACAUUUUUGACCGUUUUUCUACAUGCGCCCCCUGCCUGUCCCCUGUUACCACCAUCAUUCUCUCCUUAUCCGUUCCUGGGAGCAGAAGCCUCUCCUGAAACACCACCCUCCACAUCACCAGUGACUCCAGGCCUAGAACCGCCAUCUUCAGUCACCAACCAAAGGAGGGUGGAGGAAAGAUGGGAGACACACGGUGAAGAGCACCCAUUUAUUUCUUCUCGGAGCAGCUCGCCGCUGCAGUUAGACUUACUUCAGGAGGAAAUGCCCAGAUCUUCUGAGUCUCCAGAUCAGAUGAAAAGGGACGUUUGUUCAGAAGCUGAGUGUGUAAGAGAUGCUGACUUCCAGUGCCAACAUGUUCUAGGCAACAGUGGGAAUAAGAACAUCUGUUCCACAGCCGGAGAACUGUCCACUGUGUUACUUUACAAGGAUUCUCUCUCUCAAACCUGUUCUGCAACAUCAGGAAGCAGUGAGAGCAGUAUAUACUUUGCUAGUAGUGAUCACUCUUCUGAAGUCUCCCCAAAUGGGCAAAUGUCUCAGGAUGCACUGAAAAAAGAAACAUGUCCCAAUUCCGACCAAGAGUCCAUCUGGAGAAUGAUAGAAGAGACACCUGAGUGUAUUCUAAUGACAUAUCAGGUACCCAAGAGGGUUAAAGAAGUUGUACUAAAAGAAGACCUAGAAAAGCUGGAGAGCAUGAGGCAGGGACAGCCUCAAUUUUCCCGAGAACAGAGGGAGGAGCUGGCCAAGGUGCAUCCUUGGAUUCAGAGCCAGACCUUCCCUCAAGAAAUAGACAUCCAAGGCUGUGUCACCUGUGAAAACAAAGACUCAGUUGUUGAAGCCGCAGAAUGCUCCGACCAGGGUCCAGCCGAAGACAAGAGUUGAGUGACUAUGAAAACACACCUUCACGCCCUUCCCAGGACGAGCUGGACACCUAGACCUCUGUGUGUUGCUUUAAACCUUUGACUCUUAAACGACCAUGCAGUUAUCAUUGAAUGUUACAGUUUUUCCUUCUCUGUUUUUUAAUAGACGCUAUUUUUCUGAAGCAGACAUUUCAUCUACAAUCUCUUAUGUCUCUUUGUUCCUGAUGCAUUAAAACUGUCAAUUAGACUCUUUCUGGUUUAGCUGUCUUCUCAAGAGAUUGGAUGGUGUCUAACGAUAUAGGUGCAUGGCAGAACCCAAAAUAAAUCAUGAUUAGAAGUCUAGCUAGAAGCAGCCCAAAACCUUAGCCUCGUUUAUUUUGUAUUCUGUGGUUACAGAAACCAUCUUCCCCAUGAGAACCCUUGAAGAAAUUUACCCACGGGCCAUAUCGUUACCAUAGUGAUUUCCAUGAAUUUACUUCCUUCAUCUAGGCUUUGCACAGUUUGGUGCUUCCCCUGAAAAUUCAGACAAAACUCCAGUUUUCUUUUCCUACACAACACAAAGUCACUUUAGUAUUUACCAAUACUCAACUAUAAUGCCCCUCAGUAUAACUGGAAAUACCGAGACUUUAGGGUUGAAUUUUGAUCUUCAUUCUUAUAGAUGUCUUACUCUUUAGAUUUUCUACCUUCUGCUGAAAUUCUGAAAGUCUUAUCUUAAAAACUGAGAAGCUUGAAAUUGGCUUACCCUUUUGAGAGUUUAAUGUUUGCGUGUCUGAUGUUGAAACAAAAGAACUUCUGUCUCAACAAAUGAUAUUUUCCCUUUUUAAUGUUUUUGUUUAUAAAAUAGAUUGUAAAAAAUUCCAAGUUCUGUAAAAGUUGAUAUUGUUCUUAUAUGCUUAAAUGUGUUUAAAUGCUCAGUCUUACCAAAACUAACGGUUAACUUUCUUCCCAACCAGUUUACGCACAAGAGGUGUCUUGUGUCUGAGGGCUGACUCUACAGGCCUUUUGUCUGCCCAGUAAGCAGGGGUAAGCAUUGUGAAGGGCCUGCGCAGUGAGAAAGGCGUUGAGGGCGUUCUGUAACCCUAGUCUGGGAGGCUGCAACGUCUUCCAUGGUCAUUGCUUUCUAGGCCAUUUUUAGUUGUCUUUUAAGAAGUGAGUGUGAUGUUUACUUGGUAAGUUAGCUCUUUACUGGUGCUCUUUAGAGAAGUCACAGAUUUCCUUCUCAGACUUAGAGCAAUACACGAAAUGCACACCCGGGCAGACAGAAAAAGGAAAUGAAGGUUACGAUAACCCUUUAUCUUUUAUAUAAUAUGUAAGUGACUAAUUUUUUUUUUUUAAUUUCAUUAUUAUUGUUUUUUUAGGAAAACACUUCUUUCUCAUUUGAAGUUUUAUAGCUUUUUCUAAGUGCAUCCUGAUAAUGAUGAGAGAAUCAACCUUUGUAUCCAGGAAGACUGCUGGACCCUGACCCCCCAUCCCUGGAAUUACAGACCUCCUUUCUAAGUAGCAUUUUCCUGGAUGGUAAUUUUACCUUAAACAGUAUCAGACCAUUUUCAAAGGCUACCUUUUGACAUUUCUUGGAAUUUUCUAAUAUUAAGCAAAUAUCCCUGUUUUAUGAUAAGAAAAUGCUCCUAUUCAACGCCCUGUUGAUAGUUGAAUGACUGCUGAAGCACUUUUGUGUUGGUCAAGUUGUGUGGGGUUUUUUGCUCUUGGUGAACACUCAAAUUUAAAAAAUUUAACCAGCCUGGAUAUUGCCCAUAAAUAUAAUCAUUGUGACCUUUUUAUGCUAAUAAAGUUUUUUAUGUGUUUGAAUCAGAAAUGGAACAUGCAGCGUCAGAGGGUCAUCUGCGCUUGUGUGUGCGCAUUUAAACCCCUGCCCUCCAGUGAUGCCAGCUCUUCUUGUCCAUUGUUUCGGGAGACUGGUUUCAUCUAAAUCUGCUUAUUUCUUUGCCUUAGCACAUGUUUUAGGGAGUGUCUGUUACAUUAAGCUUAACUGGAAACUGGUGCUUGUUGUAGGCAGCCCUGUAAAAGCAUUUACACACACUCACUUUUUGAUAAGCAGGUUAGAACUGGGAUCCCUGUGAUGUUACUGCUGCUGCGAAGGAACAACGGGGAACAACGGGGAGGGCAGCAGUGACUGCUCUGCCCCCCACGGGGGCCACACCCAGUCUCUGCUUUGUUGUUCACCUUUAUUAACUCUUUAUAUUCAUGACCUUAAAACUGGUAAUACAACAUGUACAUUGGAGGCUUCAAUGUUUACAUAAAUGUUACCCAGAAAGCUAGUUUCUCCAGUAAGUGGUCAGGAUUUAUGAACAAUGAUUGCUCUGUGAAUGGGGUAGUUUUGCAAUUAAAUGACACCAGUAUAAUUCACAAGGUAAAUUUAAUCCAAAUUGAAAUUUUGUUCCACCAAAUUUAUAAUCAUGUGAAUUUACUCGUUUUUAGUGGUUGUUAAUAUUUUAACUGGGUAUCUUUUUUAAGUAAAAACAGUAAACUGUGUACAUGUAAAGCUUCAGAGAUUUUCUUUCACUUUGUCAACACAUCUUUGCCCUGCAUAUGUAUUUUAUAACGUUUAGAAAUAUCUAUUAGGAUAUUAACGGAGCCCUGGUGGCACAAACAGUUAAAUGCUUGGCUGAUAACCGAAGGGUUGGUGGUUUGAGCUGGCAGUCUGCGCCUGUAAAGAUUACAGCCUAGAAAACUCUCUGGGGCAGUUCUACUCUGUCACAUGGGAGCGCUAUGAAUUGGAAUCGACUUGAUGGCGCCCAGCAACAACAGCAUGAAGAUAUUAGAAGACCAUCCUAUUCGAUUACUAUUGGUCUUUUCAGCAACACUCUGUUAGAUGUGUCUAAGCACCUGCUGUGUGUAAGACUCGGGCAUUUUCAGACUCACUGUCUUGUCUAAUCCCCACUUCACUGUGAAGAAUGUAUGUGGGUCCUGAAUAUAUGUACAUAUUUUAAUGCUUAUGAAUUUUAAUGCCAAAUUUAUAAAGGUUAGUUGGCAAAAUUACUCCUACAGAUUCUGUGGGGUGAACCUGUGUUUCACAAAGUCUGACUGUAAAUGGUGGCAUCAAGAUCUGGAAAUUAAAAUUUGGAACAAGAUCCUGAAGCCAAUGGGGCUUUUAAAAUUUUACAGAUUUCAAGGCAUUUGCACCUUUCUGUAACACAAUAACAAUAACAGCAGCAAGA